CUCCGCUCGGGGAGACGAGCCAGCGAGGAGAGCGGCGUGAGGUCCCGGGGCGGAGAUUCGCCGAUACGGGACGCUGCUUCGCGGUGAUGAUGUAGGCUUGCGGCGAGACCCGGGCAGACGCUUCCUCUGGUUCUCUCGGCGUGGGAGCCGGCUCGCAUCAGCGACGAUCGCGACGAACGAGCCCGCUCCGCGUUCCAUGACUUCCCCACUCGAUCACACGUUAACAGAAGAUGACAGUAUUAGAAACGGAGGAAGACGCAGAUAAACGCUCCGUUCCUCCCAGAAAGAAGUUCUGCCUGUCCCUGUCGGGUCGUGGACGCACAAUCCCCAUCGUCGUCCCGCAGCCCCCUCCUACAUCCACGAGAGGGGGCCUUCUGGAUAGAGCAGAUUUUCAAUUUAGUACAAGCAAAAUGUUGAAUGGCUGUCGCAAUCAGUUGAGCAAUCACCAGGAUGGAAGUUACGACACGUCCGGCAGCAAUACAGAAGGAUUGAAGAUAGCCACCUUGUGCAAUCUAGGAAAUACUUGCUUCCUCAACAGUGUAUUAUAUACUUUAAGAUUCGCGCCUUCCUUCCUGCACAACUUGCAUCAUUUAGCUACUGACUUGUCGAACCUGAACGACAAGCAACUUCAGACAAAAGCCAAAUCUUCCUCGCUAGGUAGAACCGGUGUAUCGCUGACAUCGAGUAGUAGUCGUAGCUGGAGCAGUAAGGAUCUGCUGGCGCUAGCCGGAUCGACGGCAGAAGCCAGCAAACCGCGUAUCCAAAUAGCCACCGAGAGAUUACAUGAGCUGUUUAUGGCACUGCGAGUGUCAGAGAUUAGAGAGAACAGCGAACCGUAUCAGCCGGAUGCCUUUUUGCAGGCCCUCAGAGAGGUGAAUCCGAUAUUCGAGGGAAAUCAGCAGCAGGACGCGCACGAGCUUCUGGUCUGCCUGCUCGACAACAUCAGAGAGACCUUCCAGCUGCUGGUUAGACACAGAGAGAGCCAAUUCGGUCAGAGCAACGGCGUCUUUCCUGAAUUUACCACGAACCACUCGGCGACGGACACGCAGUCGGAGAGCAGCGGCUCCGGCAAGAGGAGCAUCCGCAAGUCCAGGAAGAAGAAGAAGAUCAUUAGCCGGGGGAGCUCGGUGUCUCUCGCGCAGCCCAACACAAACGGCGUCGUGGGGUCCGCGAGGCCGUACGAGAACGGCCACGCGGAGUUCGCCGAGAGUAACGGCGAGAUAGGGACGCGCAAGCCGGAGAGCAAGAAGUGCUUCAUCUCGGAGGACUUUGAGGGCGUCAGCCUGUUGCGCACUACGUGUCUCGAGUGCGAACACGUGACGGAACGGAAGGAGACGUUCUGCGACAUAUGCGUGCCCAUCGACAUCGACCGCUCCAACGAGAAAGAUGAGGACGGUGAAUUGGUGGACAGCAGUGAGGUAUACAAACGCGCUGUAGUAACUAGUGAACUGCUUUGGGGUAGGGAUAAGUACUGGUGUGCACGGUGCCUACGAUAUAAUGAGGCUCGCAGAGCCGUAUGUUUUCCCUCCUUACCUAGACUCCUUGUCCUGCAGCUGAAGAGGUUUUCUACUGCCGCUGGUUCGAUGGAGAAAAUCAAUAAUCACAUGCCGACGCCGCUCACCCUGCAAUGCUUCUGCGAGGAGUGUAGCAACGACGAGGCCCACGGGAGCGUGGCUAGCGGUAGCACGGAGACGCGACACGUGUACAAAUUAUACUCUGUCAUAAUGCACCAGGGUGCAACGAUGACCGCCGGGCAUUAUGUCGCUUACACGCGCCUACCCGACGAGCCCGUGUACGCGGAGUAUUCCCAGUGUGAUCGCGACAAUAAGCGGCAGAACUCGAGCCAGGCGGGUUCGAGCGCGAGUUCCUCGUCGUCGUCGUCGUCCUCCUCCUCCUCCUCCUCCGACAAGUCGUUGGGCUUAUUCAAGUACAAGUUCUUCAGGAGUAAGCCGAGCACGAGCGAGAGCAAGGAACAACCGGUGAACAGGGUCGGCUGUCGCAGCAUGGAUUGCUGCGGCAUCAGGCGAGGCAAGCAGGGCGUCACCUGGCUGGAGUGCGACGACGAGGCGGUGCAUGUGAUCCCGCUGCGAGAGCUCGAGGACAAAUUGGCGCCCAACGCGCGCAACUCCGCCACCCCCUAUCUCCUGUUCUACGUGAGGUCGACGACGUAAAGGCCGCCGUUUCUCUCUCGUCUCCCCGCGUCGGAAGUUCAAUAUCAAAAUGUUCCCCGUUUGGAGUCCCACGCGAGGCGGCGGCGGCGGCGAAUGACACGACGACGAAAACGGGUCUAGUUUCUUCCCGCGUCGCCCUCCAUUUCCUGCCCCCCUCCCACCGCUCUCUAUCUUUCCCCUCUAUUCUCCAACGACCGUGCUGUGAUGUAUCGCACAUUCCAAAUCACCCGAGUUCUUCUUCCUCUAUACGUACGUACCGCAUCGGGCUUUAGAGAUGCGAGCGUGUAUUAUUUUCGUAGGGAAUAAAAACUGUCUACCGCCAGUCAUGUAAUGUACAUACAUUAGAUUCCCGGCGAUCGGACGGUCGCACGUCGAGCCGAGACCUCUGUGCAUGUAACGGAAAGAAAGAAAGAAAAGGAAACACCGUCACGGGCUCGGCGUGACGAGUUCACGGAGCGAGCGUCGCGACUCCGCGCGUAGACGACUUUAGCCUUAGUUGGGACGUGGAACGUUUUAUUAUUGAGUUAUCUGUAAAAUAAUAAAAAAAAAAUUAUGUAUUCUUGACACGCA